GAAACGACAGUCUUCGCUAAAAUGGGAGUAAAUAUACUAACAAGUGCACUUCUGAGUGCAUUAUUGUGUGCAGUUUCAUCCGAUGCCAUCCAGAACGCAACGCUAAUCCAACACGUGGUUGGGGGUGACAAUGCGGGUCCCACUCCGUAUCAAGUUUCUCUUCAGAGAUGGUUUAUGCACUUCUGCGGUGGCGCCAUAAUAGGCGACCAAUGGGUUCUAACUGCUGCUCACUGCGUGAGAGACGCAAAUCCCAACUACAUAACCGUUUUAGUCGGAACACUUCAACUGAUCAGAGGUGGAGAGUAUUACGCGGUGGAUAAGUUUGUUCCACAUCCUGAACAUGACAGAGAGACGGGUAUCAAUGAUAUUGCGCUAAUAAGAGUACAAGUUGGGUUCGAUUGGGUUCCUAAAUUGGUAGAGAAAAUUGGAUUUUCGAACAAGUUCAUUAGGGAAGGACAAAAAGCGAUACUAACGGGUUGGGGUAGUAUCGACCAGUACCGUCCAAAAGCGGUAAAUCGAUUGCAAUCUGUAGAGCUGCAAGUGAUUAGUGAGUCGGAAUGCCAGGAGACCUUAUCCAAUAUCGGUCCCGAACGAAUUUGCACCUUCACCAAAUAUGGACAAGGUGCUUGUGGGGGCGAUUCUGGUGGUCCACUGGUCAGCGGAGGUGAAGUCAUUGGAGUCGUUAGCUUCGGGAUAGCAACGCCAACGGUUCGCUGCGCUGCCGGUUUUCCAGAUGGGUUUACUAGGGUGUCUUAUUACUACGAUUGGAUCCAACGCACCAUCCAAGGGAAUUAAUGAUGUAAACAAAUAUCUAUUGUAAAGCAGGUGUGGGCUUAAUAAAUUAGGUUUGGCAUUCAAGA